AAGCCAAACAGAUCCUUCACACAAUUUCCCCCCAGAGCUGACUCGGACGCGCUUUCCCUCGUCUCCGGUCAAAACUAUUAAUCCCAUCUCCCGUCUCUCUCUCUCUCUCACUGAUAAACCCUAACUUUGCUCCGACCCCCAAAACUACGUACAACACAACGAUUACGCUUGCAAGCGAAACCCUAGUUUGAACCCUAAAACCGCCUUUGAUCUCCGACUCCUCGCCCAUUGAUCUAUGUCUUUUUGUCUUCUAUAUCUUCAACGAUGAACAGUUCUUGUAAAAAUUUGGACGUUUUCGAUUUCAAGGAGGACGAAUUAUCGGAGUGUCCAUCUUCCAAGUUGUUCAGCAAAUUCAAAAACCCUAAUGCCAUUGACAAAUAUAGUUUCCUCGAAGAGGGUAAGCGUGUAUAUGUUUUUGCUGAUGGAACCAACUUUCAAUCAAAAGAAAUAGAUAAUUUACCAUGUGUGGAUGUUGAUGCAAUGGACAAUGUUCACAGUUGUGACAAUGCUGUCUCACAUAUCCCAAUUGGCUUGGAAGGAGAAGACCCUGCUCCCAAUAAAAUGUCUGGGUUGGAUGAUUUUUUGCUAUUUAAUUCCACAAAUCAUGAACAGCAGGCUCAAUUUAUUCCUGAUAAACUCAAACCUGGAAGUUUCUCUGCUCAACUAGAACCAAGAGCUUCAAACCCUGGAGAAGUUUCACUUGGCAUCAGCCAAUUAAAAUUUUCCCUUCAAGAGUCUCCAUCCAGCGAUGAGUCAGUUGAUGUGAUUUCGGAUGCUGAUGAAAGCAUAUGUGAAAGUUCUCCAUCAACUUCUGAUGUUUCAGGAGAUGACUAUCCUUUAGAUGGGCCAUUAUCUGAUGAUUUCUUGGGUGGUUGGGAAAUGGGCGACAGGAAUGCGGUAGUCGUUUGUCCCGAUUAUAUUGUAUAUUGCGGUAGAUUUUGUACAGAGUCCGUGUUGAUUUUUUCCAGCAAUUGCAUUGAAGUGAAGGGUUCAACUACCUAUAGAAAUGACAGAACCUUUAACUUUCAAUGGGGAAUCGAUGAUAUUGUUGAUAUUGAAUCACAGUGGUCGCAAAGUCUUCAGAUAGCUAAGGUAAAGCUUUGCUUGAUGUCAAAAGAUGCAAUGCAAGCUGAUGAUGCACAAGGCACUUCAGGCAUUGAGGAGUUAAAGUUUGCUGUACAUGACUCUAACUGGUACGAGAAGCGGGAACAGAUAACAUCUUUGGACGUGCGAUAUAAGGCACUAUGGAAAGUUGAGUUUGAUAGUUGCAUAGGAGGUGAUGGAGUGGCUUUACCUGGGCAGAAUGGCAUACACAUUCCAAAGAAAAGAUAUUUUCCCAAGUGAUGCAAGCAUCUCUUGUGGACAACUUGACAAAGAUCUCCUUUCAUGCAAUUAAUUGUGCUCCUUGAUGGGAAAUAUGUUUGUUUUAGAGAAUAUCAAAACUUAGGGAAUGACAAUAACAUCAUCCCCCUUUAUA